CACCUCUCCAGCCCCGGCAGGACGGGGGCGGCCGCCGCGAACCCGGGGCGGGGACAGCACGCAGCCUCGAGGCGCGCACCCCCGCCCGGCAGCGGCCCCGACACCCGGGGCGAGCGGGAAAGCGGCAGCGGCGGCGGCGGCGGCGGCGGGGGAAGGAUGCAGGGGAAGAAGCCGGGCGGUUCGUCGGGCGGCGGCCGGAGCGGCGAGCUGCAGGGGGACGAGGCGCAGAGGAACAAGAAAAAGAAAAAGAAGGUGUCCUGCUUUUCCAACAUCAAGAUCUUCCUGGUGUCCGAGUGCGCCCUGAUGCUGGCGCAGGGCACGGUGGGCGCCUACCUGGUGAGCGUCCUGACCACCCUGGAGCGUAGGUUCAACCUGCAGAGCGCUGACGUGGGUGUGAUCGCUAGCAGCUUCGAGAUCGGGAACCUGGCGCUCAUCCUCUUCGUGAGCUACUUCGGGGCACGCGGGCACCGGCCGCGCCUGAUCGGCUGCGGCGGCAUCGUCAUGGCGCUGGGCGCGCUGCUGUCGGCGCUGCCCGAGUUCCUGACCCACCAGUACAAGUACGAGGCGGGCGAGAUCCGCUGGGGCGCCGAGGGCCGCGACGUCUGCGCAGCCAACGGCUCGGGCGGCGACGAGGGGCCCGACCCCGACCUCAUCUGCCGCAACCGGACGGCUACCAACAUGAUGUACUUGCUGCUCAUUGGGGCCCAGGUGCUCCUGGGCAUCGGUGCUACCCCUGUGCAGCCCCUGGGCGUCUCCUACAUCGACGACCACGUGCGGAGGAAGGACUCCUCGCUCUAUAUAGGAAUCCUGUUCACGAUGCUGGUAUUUGGACCAGCCUGCGGGUUUAUCCUGGGCUCUUUCUGUACCAAAAUCUACGUGGAUGCGGUCUUCAUUGACACAAGUAACCUGGACAUCACUCCGGACGACCCCCGCUGGAUCGGAGCCUGGUGGGGUGGCUUUCUGCUCUGCGGUGCCUUACUCUUCUUCUCUUCCCUCUUGAUGUUUGGGUUUCCACAGUCCCUGCCCCCGCACUCAGACCCCGCCAUGGAAAGCGAGCAGGCCAUGCUCUCCGAAAGAGAAUACGAGAGACCCAAGCCCAGCAACGGGGUCCUGAGGCACCCCCUGGAGCCAGACAGCAGUGCCUCCUGUUUCCAGCAGCUGAGAGUGAUCCCGAAGGUCACCAAGCACCUGCUCUCAAACCCUGUGUUCACCUGCAUCAUCCUGGCCGCCUGCAUGGAGAUUGCAGUGGUGGCUGGCUUUGCUGCCUUUUUGGGGAAGUACCUGGAGCAGCAGUUUAACCUCACCACCUCUUCUGCCAACCAGCUGCUUGGGAUGACUGCGAUCCCGUGUGCUUGUCUGGGUAUCUUCCUGGGAGGUCUUUUGGUGAAGAAGCUCAGCCUGUCUGCCCUGGGGGCCAUUCGGAUGGCCAUGCUCGUGAACCUGGUGUCCACUGCUUGCUACGUCUCCUUCCUCUUCCUGGGCUGCGACACUGGCCCUGUGGCUGGGGUUACUGUUCCCUAUGGAAACAGCACAGCACCUGGCUCAGCCCUGGACCCCUACUCGCCCUGCAAUAAUAACUGUGAAUGCCAAACCGAUUCCUUCACUCCAGUGUGUGGGGCAGAUGGCAUCACCUACCUGUCUGCCUGCUUUGCUGGCUGCAACAGCACGAAUCUCACGGGCUGUGCGUGCCUCACCACCGUCCCUGCUGAGAACGCAACCGUGGUUCCUGGAAAAUGCCCCAGUCCUGGGUGCCAAGAGGCCUUCCUCACCUUCCUCUGUGUGAUGUGUAUCUGCAGCCUGAUCGGUGCCAUGGCACAGACACCCUCAGUCAUCAUCCUCAUCAGGACAGUCAGCCCUGAACUCAAGUCUUACGCUUUGGGAGUUCUUUUCCUCCUCCUUCGUUUGUUGGGACCCAGUAAGAUUAAGCACCAUUAUUGUUAAUGUGAAGGCCGGCAAAGACAUCAGAUCCUGUGACAUCGUCAACUUUUUUGCUGGCCUAGCAAGGGCAAUGGGGAUACAAUGGGGACAUCACAGGUUAGUGUGACAAGAUUCGAGUUGGCACAGGUGCAACAGGAAUAUGUAGAAGGGCCUCCUAAUCUUGCCUUGGGAUGGGAGCAGUGGGUUUGGAAAGGGUGUGAUGUCUAUGCUCAGCCCUGGGGAAGGAGUAAGAGUCAUACAGAUGAGCAGGGAGAAGGACUUAAGAGGUGAAAGCCCAGGGAUGAACAAAGGUCCCAGCAUGUUUGGGGGCUGCAGAAGGCCCAGACUGGGGGGAAAGGGGGGACAGAAGAAGAUGGAGCUGGAGAGGGUAGUGGAUCAGGAACUUGGUCAGGAAGGGCUUCUGCCCUGUUGCUGCAUUUGACCUUUAUCUCGGGAGGGUGAGGCAGAAGAAUCCCUUGAACCCGGGAAGCAAAUGAAAGUUGUUGAUGGGCUUUAACCAGAGAGUGACAAGAUCCACUGUGUAUUUUAGAAAGGGCUUGUCUGCCAUGUGGAGAAUAAGAACAUGGCUGAAGAAGUUGCUGCUGUAAUGAAGUGAAUGACAGAGGCUCGUGCUGAGAUGGUGCUUGCAGGAUGGGGAGAGGGUAGGGUUGAGAAAUAAAAGGAAGAAUCUGCAUUAUGCAUUAUUCUCCGAGUGGAAGCAUAAGAACUGGAGUCUUAGAAAGGGGCACCCACAGUGCCCACUCCUAAGAAAGUCUUGGGUAAUGUGGUGAACAGGGGAAUUAUUUAUAAGACAGGAAGAAAAGAUGUAGAGCAAGUUGGGAGUGGUGUAGACCAGCGGUCUCCAGUGGAACGUUCUUUGAUGAUGGAAAUGUUCUCUGUCUGUACCACAGGUGCUGUUGCACACUUGAAAUGUGGCUUCUGUAGCCUACUUUAAUUUUAUUAGUUUUCACAUAAGUAGGUGGAUGUGGCCAGUGUCUGCCAUACUGGACAAUGAGGGGGCCAUCUUUGAUGCACCACCCUCAUGGGUCAGAGUGAGGAAGUGGGAUAGGGGAACAGGAAGACCCUCUUUCCAGACACUUGGGUGUAAGUGAAGAGGGCAGGAGCUAGAAAUGAAUGUGAGAUCGGUCUCCCUUGUUGCUUUACCCACCAACAGCAAGGAGUUGGUAGAAAGGGCCAGGGCAGGGCUGCAGAGGUGUACUGGCCAGUGGGGCUCUGGGAGUGGCCCCAGCACCCUGGAGUAGAAGCAGGAGUGUGGCAGGAGAGUGGAGCAAAGAAGCUGAGGGUGAUGAUCAAAGUAGGGCUGAGAUGGGAGAAAGGAGAGAGGACAAAGAUACAGGAACUGUAAAAACUAGUUGUAAUAAAUAAUGGAAAAAGAACUGGAGGAUGUGGCCAAAGCCUCAUUGUCUGACUUCGAGAUUAUGGAAGUGGAGCAGUUCUGACCAAUGACAAAGCCCAGGGUGUUGCUGGCCAGAGAGAUACAGGGGUCAAGAGCCUGGAUGUUGAGAGUGAGUUAAUGAAAGGCUCACAUGGACAAGUUUAUGUUGAGUCGGGGAGGAAGACACUGAGCUGGAGAAGGGUCAGUGAAUUCAGAGUAAACUGAACGAUCUACUCAUAGCAGAAUUCCUGGUAUAAUUGAGUCCAUCCUCCUUUAUUCUUCUGCAGGUGUCUUGGCUACUCCUUUUCUCUCCGGGCUGUGGGCAAAGUCUCUGCUCCUGAGUUGGUCUAGAAUCUUGUUCCUGGGGCCUACUGCUUGCCAGGGUGUUACACCAAAUUAAAUUAGUGGAAACAAACAUGCGCUGAGACUCUUCCACAUCCAAGGUGCUGUCUAGGGGCUGCUCAGGGUGCACAGAUAAGUAGGUGCCAAUAUCCUGCCUCUGGCGGCUCCAGUAGGAGAACAAAGCAAGUGUGGGGAAGGUGUGGGGUUACAGGAGUUAUAGAGGGCCUUGAUUUUCAAGGGGAGAAAUUAUACUUGGCUGAGUAGUUGCCAGUGUGGAGCAAAUGGGGGUUUCAGAUGGGAGAGUGAAUGUACAUUCAGAAUUCUGCUUUAGGUAGAGCAGCAGGUGAGCAGGGCAUGAGGUUUAGCAGGAUGAAGGGUAACCCAUCAAAAGCAUUGAAGUGAGAAGCUGACCACCAGCAAAGCAGUGGGUUUGAACGGUAAAGACAGAUGGGGGAGCCACAUAGAGAGACAGCAUCUGUUGAGACCCCCCCAACCCAACCGACCUAAGUGAAAGCAAAGGGGAAGCAAUGAAAGCUCAAGAUGAGGCUGAGGUUUGGAGCCCCUGGGACUGAGGCUAUGGAGAAGCCUUUAAUAGAAUAAGACACAAUAGAUCAAGUGUCUCAGGGUGUCAUUAGGGAUGGGCUUAGCUUCCACGAUACCACUACAAACUCCCCACAUACACUGACCCUACCUCUUAAUUUUCCAGCCUGCCCACCUAGCCAAAAGCAUAGGGAAGGCCCUCGGGGUGCAUUUCUGUAGGCAGGGGUCAUUCCUGAGCAGACUGUCCUUGGUCUGGGGUGAUUUGUGAACUACUCCAGAAAAGUACAUCCUAGACACUCCUGAUGUGGCUUGUCAGACAUUUGUUGAGUUCCUGCUGUGAGCAUCGUCUUGCAUAUGCCAAAGUCUAUAGGCAAGUGGAAAAAUGAAGGUGUUAAAUGCUGCUUUGGAAGAAGCAAGCACAGCAUGCCCAGGGGCCCCAGGUGAGAGAUGAGAGGGAGUGAGAUACGGCGGUGGGAUGCAUGGAAGACCCCUUCCACUUGCCUACACUUUUAAUUGUUCAUUCGGCGAACAUAUGUUAGGCACCAGCCAUGUGCCCUGGCUCUGUCAGCAGUGUACCUCACCUCCUGAUGUACCUGCACCACCCAUGAUCUGCCACCCUUACCUGUGCUGAGAUGACAUCCAGUAUUUACCAUGGGCCCUCUAAAGUCUGUCACACCUGCUCUUGAGCCUAGCUCUGCCUUUCCUGACCAUGUGGCAGAUUAUUUAAGCUCUCUGGGCCUUACCAACUUUAACAAGGGGUCCAGGAAUGAAAGGAGAACAUAGUAGCUCCUGCAGCCUCUCCAGUUUAAGAAAAGCAAAUGUCAGGUAUCACUGGAAGACAGCCCAGAUUCUUUCUUGGCGUUGCUGAAGCAGAGAACUCAUUAAACCUUCCAGGAGAAUACACUUUUCAGCAUCUCCCUUUCUAGCUGGUGCUGGACAUAACAGUAAUUCCACCAGGUUGAAUCGAGAUUCCAUGGUGAAUUCAAGUCUUGGCAGGUAAGCCAGAGAGAAACAGAUAUCUUUUUAAAUGUAAAUGGCCGUAAUUUUCAGCUUCCGUUUUGUCCCGUAAAGGAAUUUGAACUUAUUUUUCUUACAAAAGCCUUUCAGUUCACCUUUUAAGUUUAGACCAAGGAAUAUAAAUAGGCCCAGCCAUUUCAACUAAGAGAGUAAAUUAAAUAGCCAAGAUAUAAGGCCCUGAGGUUUAAUCUCUGUUAAUAGAUUUCAGGAAAACAGAGACAAUGUUCUUAAACUGUGCAGCAAUUUAUGCAUUGAAAUAUAUAUAGCUGCAGUUUAAGCCAGAGUGUAACAGUAAGAUUUAGUCCUUUUAAUAUUCCCUGUAAUAGCGGGGAACAGCAUUGAGCCUGCGCAUACCUUCCUCAGCACAGGGUGGGUUCCCAGUGCCCCAGUGAUGGAACCCUAUUAACACCUGCUUCAU